AUGUGCCACGAGCCUGUCCGUGACAAAAGAUUGGAGCAGGCUCUUGUGUCUAUUGUUGGCUGCGGUGUGACUCUUGUCAUCUUCAUCGUCCGCAUAAGCUUCAUCGUCUUCUCGAAGGACCGGACGUUGGCAUUGGAUGACUACGCCAUUAUCGUUGCCAUGGCGGCUACCUUGGCGGUCAGCACCAUCAGUCCCAUAGCGGACUACCAUGGAGUUGGCAAAGACAUCUGGACUCUUGAGAAAUACAACUUGGAGAUGGCGUUAUUCCACUAUUACAUAGCCGAGAUUGUUUAUUUCGUCGCCCAAGGGUUUGCGAAAAUAGCAAUGUGCCUCUUCAUGCUACGAAUCUUCCCCAAGAAGAACAUGCGCGUCAGGAUCUACAUGGUCUGCGGCCUUGUGUUCGCCUACAUGAUCGCCUUCAUAACUGCGACUCUGCUGCAGUGUCAACCAAUCAGCUACUUCUGGAAGCAGCUCGACGAUACGGUCGAGGGGAGGUGCAACAACAUACACCUGCAGGCCUGGAUCUCCGCUGGCAUCAACAUCGGACUUGACGUCAUCAUCAUCGCCUUGCCUAUUAAAAGCCUAUGGGCAAUGCAGGCCAGUCUCGCCAAGAAAGUAACUGCUAUCUGCAUGUUCUCACUCGGCGCACUGGUGACGAUCAUCAGCAUCAUUCGUCUACAGUCUUUGAUCUCUUUCUCCAAGUCUAUCAACCUCACGUGGGACGGAAGGAAAGCAGGUUCGUGGAGUCUGGCUGAGUUGUAUGUUGCCAUUAUCUGCACGUGCCUGCCAACAAUACGAAUCAUGAUUAUGAAGGUCGGGACAAAGAAGUUCGGCUGGACUGGUGCUUCAUCCAGUGGCCCGUCCCAAGGCUCAGCAAAGACUGGUUUCGUCAACUUCAGGUCGCAAGGGUCGAACAACUCUACAACAACGUCAAGGAAGGAUUUCAAGGGCUCGGAAUUCAUCAUGCUGAACGACGUAGACUCUGUUCAUUCCAAGGGGCCAACGAGAGCGCGAACGGAUUUUUAG